AUGAGCGAAGCCGGAAGCGACAAGCAUUCCCCAGUUACGGAAGCAAAUGGCUCGUCGAGAACUAGCACGCAGUCCAGUUCAGAAGAGGGCCACUACCAUGCGACAAACGCCUUCGUUCAGUCUCCGAUUCGAUCACGAGGAACCCUCUGCUGGGACGCUACCUGCAAUGGACAACACUACAUCGUGAUGGACCAUUGGAAGAUGCAGGGUGGAGAAGGUGGAUCCAACUCUCUCCAAGACCUGAUUGUGGUUCGAGGCGUUGGCUCGAUAUUCACUUUCCAGAACAAUCGCCCAUCUAUCAGCCAUAACUGGAGCUUGCAACGGAGUGCCAAUCGCCCAGCAGAUGCCACCUACGAAGAGUGUUGGUUCAUACCAGUGACCACGGUGGAAUACGGCCAAACGCUUGAGCACGCCGAGCCGCGUCAACUUGUCCAAUCAAUCAUCGACAUUGUGGAUGGUCAUCGCGUCGCGUUUCUCGAGAAAGGAGUUCUCCACGGCGAUCUGGAUUUCAGCAGCAUCCGCCUAUCGCCCUACCCUGGCUCCGCUGCCAUUAUCAUCGACUGGGAUAUGGCGAAACGAAUGGAAGACGUCGUCAAUUUCAAGGCCCGGACGCGCAAUCCCCGUUAUCAGUCCUUCGGAACCAUGGACUCUACUGGCAUCAAGCAUCAAGACCAUAUGGACGAUCUCGAGUCACUCUUUUACAUCGUCUACAUCGCUCUCCUCGCCUUCGACCCUGAUAAACGGCUUCUCAGCGAAGAGCUCAUGCCCUUCCACAUGCGCACCCUUUUGAGCCCAUGCACAAAUGACGACGGAAUGUUGCUCAUGUGCAAACGAGACUUGAUAUGCUGGACUCAUAUCGACAAUUAUUUGCCGAACGAAUCAAGCUGCUUUCACGCCUUCAUACUCCUCGUAACUGGAUCGAUAGCGAUGACGAGCCAGUUGAAGAAAUUCCCCGAUACACGACAGAAUUGGCUCAAGGGCAAUAUGCUGCUUUUGUGGACAUCGCCCGACGUGCGCUUGCCGAGCUUCCUCCCGAUCCUGGCCCAAUUCCUCUGGUUGCCAUAUAACGUCCAGCAGCUUGAAGAGACCGAUAUUAAAUCACCAAGAUGA